GCAAGAUGUCGGCAGUCGGCAGCCCUGAGCGUCUGUAGAGCGGCUCAUUUGUGUGACAGGAGCCGGGCGGAGGCGGUUGGGAGUGGUCGAGGAGGGGACGCGAGGUCGAGGUCCGGGGACCCGGCACUGAGGGUGCACGGGUGGCUCCCCGGAAUGCGCCACAGUCCCCCGAGCAGCCGGGAAGGCGAGCCGCGCGGGAGCGCUUCAUGCCACCCACCGGCAUAGAGACCUCCAGGAUGAACAGGAAGAAAGGAGACAAGGGCUUCGAGAGCCCACGGCCGUACAAAUUAACCCAUCAGGUCGUCUGUAUCAACAACAUAAACUUCCAGAGAAAAUCUGUUGUGGGAUUCGUGGAGUUGACUAUAUUUCCUACAGUUGCAAACUUGAAUAGAAUCAAAUUGAACAGUAAACAGUGUAGAAUAUACCGAGUCAGGAUCAAUGACUUGGAGGCUGCUUUUAUUUAUAAUGAUCCAACUUUAGAAGUUUGUCACAGUGAAUCAAAACAGAGAAAUCUCAACUAUUUUUCCAAUGCGUAUGCAGCUGCGGUUAGUGCUGUGGAUCCUGAUGCGGGGAAUGGAGAGCUCUGCAUUAAGGUUCCCUCAGAGCUCUGGAAGCAUGUCGAUGAGUUAAAGGUUCUGAAGAUACAUAUUAACUUCUCUUUGGAUCAGCCAAAAGGAGGUCUUCAUUUUGUGGUACCCAGUGUAGAGGGCAGUAUGGCAGAGAGAGGUGCUCAUGUCUUCUCUUGUGGGUAUCAAAAUUCUACAAGAUUUUGGUUCCCAUGUGUUGAUUCAUACUCUGAGCUGUGCACAUGGAAGUUAGAAUUUACAGUAGACGCUGCAAUGGUCGCCGUGUCCAAUGGGGAUUUGGUGGAGACGGUGUACACGCAUGAUAUGAGGAAGAAGACCUUCCACUAUAUGCUUACUAUUCCGACAGCAGCAUCCAAUAUCUCCUUGGCCAUUGGGCCUUUUGAAAUCCUCGUAGAUCCAUAUAUGCAUGAGGUUACACAUUUUUGUUUACCCCAACUUCUUCCGUUGCUUAAACAUACCACGUCGUACCUUCAUGAAGUUUUUGAAUUUUAUGAAGAAAUUUUGACUUGUCGCUAUCCGUACUCCUGUUUUAAGACUGUCUUCAUUGAUGAGGCUUACGUUGAAGUGGCCGCUUAUGCUUCUAUGAGUAUUUUUAGCACAAACCUUCUGCACAGCGCCAUGAUUAUCGACGAGACCCCACUGACCAGACGGUGCCUAGCGCAGUCCUUAGCACAGCAGUUCUUCGGCUGCUUCAUAUCCAGGAUGUCCUGGUCUGAUGAAUGGGUUCUGAAAGGAAUUUCAGGCUAUAUUUAUGGACUCUGGAUGAAAAAAACUUUCGGUGUUAACGAAUAUCGCCAUUGGAUUAAAGAGGAGCUGGAUAAAAUAGUGGCAUAUGAACUGAAAACUGGAGGAGUUUUAUUACAUCCCAUAUUUGGUGGUGGGAAAGAAAAGGAUAACCCAUCUUCCCACCUUCAUUUUUCAAUAAAGCAUCCACAUACCCUGUCCUGGGAAUACUACACCAUGUUUCAGUGCAAAGCCCACCUCGUGAUGAGACUGAUUGAAAACAGAAUCAGCAUGGAGUUUAUGCUCCAAGUUUUCAAUAAACUACUAAGUCUGGCUAGCACUGCUUCGUCUCAGAAGUUCCAGUCACACAUGUGGAGCCAGAUGCUGGUUUCCACCUAUGGAUUUUUGAAAUCAAUUUCCAACGUCUCUGGCAAAGACAUCCAGCCCUUAAUAAAACAGUGGGUAGACCAGAGUGGAGUAGUAAAAUUUUACGGAAGUUUUGCAUUUAAUAGAAAGCGAAACGUUUUAGAACUAGAAAUAAAACAAGAUUACACAUCUCCUGGAACUCAGAAGUACGUGGGACCACUUAAAGUGACAGUGCAAGAGUUAGAUGGAUCCUUCAACCAUACCUUGCAAAUCGAAGAAAACAGUCUCAAGCAUGAUAUACCCUGCCACUCUAAAAGCAGAAGGAAUAAGAAGAAAAAAAUCCCACUGAUGAAUGGGGAAGAAGUUGACAUGGACCUUUCUGCAAUGGACGCUGAUUCCCCUUUGCUGUGGAUAAGAAUAGACCCAGAUAUGUCGGUCCUGAGGAAGGUGGAGUUUGAGCAGGCUGAUUUCAUGUGGCAGUAUGAACUCCGCUACGAGAGAGACGUCGUGGCUCAGCAGGAAUCCAUCCUGGCUCUGGAAAAGUUCCCCACCCCGGCAUCGCGCCUGGCGCUCACCGACAUCCUAGAGCAAGAGCAGUGCUUCUACCGAGUCCGAAUGGCGGCGUGCUUCUGUCUUGCGAAGAUUGCAAACUCAAUGGUGAGCACAUGGACAGGACCACCAGCCAUGAAGUCUCUCUUUACUCGAAUGUUUUGUUGUAAAACUUGUCCAAACAUCGUGAAAACAAACAACUUCAUGAGUUUUCAGAGUUAUUUUCUACAGAAGACUAUGCCAGUUGCCAUGGCUUUGUUAAGAGAUGUACAUAAUCUUUGUCCCAAAGAAGUUUUAACAUUUAUUUUAGACUUAAUCAAGUACAAUGACAACAGAAAAAAUAAGUUUUCAGAUAACUAUUAUCGUGCAGAAAUGAUUGAUGCUCUGGCUAAUUCUGUUACACCUGCUGUCAGUGUGAAUAAUGAAGUUAGAACUUUGGAUAACUUAAAUCCUGAUGUUCGGCUAAUUCUUGAGGAAAUAACUCGAUUUCUGAACAUGGAAAAACUUCUCCCAAGUUACAGACACACUAUCACCGUCAGCUGUUUGAGAGCCAUAAGGGUGCUUCAGAAGAAUGGACAUGUGCCAAGUGAUUCAUCUCUUUUCAAAUCCUAUGCUGAGUAUGGCCAUUUUGUGGACAUCAGGAUAGCAGCUUUGGAAGCUGUUGUUGAUUACACUAAAGUGGACCGGAGUUAUGAAGAACUUCAGUGGCUACUUAAUAUGAUUCAGACUGAUCCUGUACCUUAUGUAAGGCAUAAGAUUCUAAACAUGUUGACUAAGAAUCCACCAUUUACAAAGAACAUGGAGUCUCCCUUAUGUAAUGAAGCCCUAGUAGACCAGCUCUGGAAAUUAAUGAAUUCUGGUACUGCCCAUGACUGGAGGUUACGGUGUGGUGCUGUGGAUUUGUACUUCACUUUGUUUGGCCUCAGUAGACCUUCCUGUUUACCCUUGCCAGAGCUCGGGCUUGUUCUUAAUCUCAAGGAGAAAAAAGCUGUCUUGAAUCCUACCAUAAUUCCAGAAACCGGAGCAGGCGCCCAGGAAUCUGCGAGUAAUGCCGGCUGUCAUGCUCAGCUUGCUGGAUUCCAGAACCCUUUUUCAGGUUCUCAAGAUGAGGAGGAGGUUGAUAUGGAUACUGUUCAUGAUAGUCAGGCCUUCAUUUCCCAUCAUCUGAACAUGCUUGAAAGGCCAUCUACUCCAGGGCUUUCUAAAUAUCGACCAUCCAGCUCCAGAUCUUCCUUAAUGCCCCAGCAUUCAUUAGGCUGUGACAUCAUACCACCCACAAAACCCCCGUGGAGUAUGGAACUGUCCCGAAAGGGAAUAGGUAAAGAGCAGCCUUUGGAGCUGGGCGUGCAUUCCAUGGUAGCAGCCCCACUCUCAGUGUUUGCUAAGGAGUCUACGUCCUCUAGACACAGCGAGCACCAUCAUCACCAUCACCACGAGCACAAGAAGAAGAAGAAGAAGCACAAGCACAAGCAUAAGCAUAAACACAAGCACGACAGCAAGGACAAGGACAAGGAGCCCUUUGCCUUCUCCAGCCCUGCCAGCGGCAGGUCUGUGCGCUCGCCUUCCCUCUCAGACUGAAGCAUCUGCAGAGCCCUCUCCCGAGUCCCGCACAGAAGAUGGUGUUACUAAAGCCUGGUCCUCCGUGGAGCAUGGUGAAGGGGAAAUACAGAGAAGCUGGAGUGCACUGGAGUUCUGGGCAUUCAGUUUCUGCUCUUUGUAUAUCUGGGGUCUAAGGAGGAACUGGUUUUUUUGGUUCUGGAUGAACUGUUCCAUCCCUUUGUUUCUUCCUGAAAACACAGAGUGACUUCUUUUACAAAAGCCUUCAUGUCUCCUGCAGACCCAUUCACAUGUGGUCGCCUGUGAACUGUAAGGUCAGGUAUGCGUGGAAGCUGCUGAUGGAUGUCAUGGGCAAAGGAGCAUCAGCAGAAGGAACUGCCAGAUCUGUGGUACCCAGCAUUUCCAUGAAGUGCUGAAUAACACCACUUGGCAUUGCUGGAAAGGCAGGCUUUUCUGUAGGACUCAACCCUCUUGGCUGCUCUUCUGUGUAGCCAUAGAAAAUAAGUACCAUCAUUUAUGAGCUAAGAAUUGUAUAUUUCCUUUUAUCCUAAAUUACAAAAAGUUUGGAAAGAAAUUAUUUUUAAAAGCAUUUAAAGUAACUAUCUUUUGAUAGUACAUUUGGUGAUUUUGAUGUUGUAAUUUAACAGAACAGUCAGACUCUCCAUUAUGCUCAAAUCAAGAUGUUUAAAUUACAUUUUGUUUUGUCUUCUAUUAAGUAUAAAGGAAUGUGUUCAUAUGUAAAAUGUGUGUUGCUGAAUGUGAACAGUUUACACACAUAACUUGUACUUUUUUCUACAAUUACCCUGUAUAUAAGGCAGGCAGGUACUCCAUGCCUUUAAACCGAGCAUUGGAGGGUAGAGGUAGGAGGAUUGUUCAAGACCAGCCUGAGAUACAUGAAAGUCUGUAUCAAAAAAGCAAAGUAAUGAAAAUUACUAUAUAUAACAAAAUAUGAUGCUUUAAGAGGGUGUGUUUUAUUUGUUAUUUAUCGGCUUGGACAUAGAUAAUUUGACCCAUAUUGGAGAAUACCAGCAACAGUUUAAAAAUACAUGUGCAGUGUUUUGGUUUCUUAUUUUAACAGUUUGUAUGGUUGUGUGUUUUGUUUUUGUUAUUUUUUUUUGUUUUUCUGAAUUUACCAAGUUCUCUGGUAAAUUUUUUUUCGUAUCUAGUUUUUAUCGUUUACCUUAUUACUAAAAUGUUUGACUAAAUUCCUAUGCUCAGAAUAAAUAUUUCAAAAGGGAUCCAAUAAUGCUGGACUUUUAAAUAAUAAAUAACUUUUUUUAAGU